AUGGCCGGUGGGGAGCGGCAGCUCUGCGCCACGGUGCGGAUCACGGAGUCUUGCCGGAAGGUGGAGGAGGCGUUCGAGUAUCCGUUCGACGGAACCUCCACCACCACCUUGCACUCCAUCCGCGACAUCGGUGCCCUCAUCGGCCCUGCCGGCCAGAAGUCCAGGAUCAUCGUCCUCACGGGGCCUAGCGGCAGCGGCAAGACCUCGGAGUUGCGGCGCCUGGUCGGCGAGCUGGGGCUGAGCGCGAACUUCUCGGGGGGGCACGUCUGGCCGCGCCCGAAUCUCGGCGCCCUGAGCUGGCACGGCAGCGGCCCGGUGCGGGAGCAGCUCGGCGGCUCGGCCUCGGAGGCGGCGGCGCUGCUGCGGGCGGUGGCCCUCCCGGAGCGGUGCUGGUUGCGCCCGUACGGCGGCCUGAGCUCGGGGGAGCAGAGCCGCGCCGACAUCGCGCGCCGCCUGGCCCUCGGAGAGCGGCACAUCGGUGUUUCUUCGUCUCCCCAGGACCGGGACACGGCCAGGCGCGUCUGCAGUGGCGUGGCCAAGCUCGUGCGCGCCAGGGGCCUGACGCUGUGUGUAUCGACCAUCUGGCAGGACAUCGUUCCUGCGCUGCUCCCCGAUAUAUGUUUACUGGGCAGACACUGGGAAGGUGUGCGAGUUCGUCGGCGCGACGCCCUCUGCUGA